AUGCCAACGUUCUGCAACUGUUCUGCCUUUCGCGAGUCUGCCGGGAAUAUCAGCAUCGCGCUGAAGGCUCGCCAUGUACUCGUUUCAGUUUCACCGUCCGCAAACAUUCACACUGCACGGGGCCGAAUACCGGAAAAUGUAGACGUCACCGUAGGCUCGGACUUAGUGUUCACUCUGUCCGGUGCAGCAGGCUCCGCAAGGGUCUCAGGCGAUGUCAUACAACGGUCAGCUGUGGCAAGACACAUAGUGAAUUACUUCAAGCUGAAUUCUCGCCAACUGGGCCUGAGCACCGUAACCGAUGUCUAUAUCGACGACGACGACGGCCGCGCGAAAUUCUCGAUGACGUCUUCACGGCACCUACGAGUUGACAAACAAGCCAGCUCCGUUCAGCUGCUCGGCAUCGAUCUUCGGCUGGGGCUCAAAGCUGUUGCGCAUGAGGACAUGCCCGCAAUAGAAACCUUUUUCUCAGCACAUGCCUACCUCCCGCUGGUAUCUUUGCUUGACUGUGUCGUCGAAAAAUUCGUAGUUCAUCACCUGGUGAAACGCUAUCCGCUGAUAUUCGGGCCAUGGCGAUCGCAAUUGGACUUGGAAGCAGCCUACAUCCCAUACGUGGUGCGUUCAAUCACGGCAAUCACAGAGCGAUCAACGAAUUCGGAUUUUCAUAAGACGUUCCGGCGCCACGUUAAGAAGCUGAGGAAGGCGUAUGUGCUUUCCACAAGUGCAGCUGCAGACAGCUUGCGGGAAUACCUCGGACCACUCGAUGGAGAGGAAGACAUGGAUCCUGCAGACGAAUCUGACUCCUCUGUCUUGUGUCAUUCUCUAGAACGGCUUUUCAGACAGGGCAUAAGACCGGCGCUUUUCAAAGGCUCACAGGCUAGCUACAUCGCCGAAAGGGGAGACGAGCAAGGCUUGCUGUCCAGCGCGGAGGGAAACGAGUCUAUAGAGUCUGAGAUUCUGUGCGAAAAUGUGAACGACAUAUUGCAAACCCCGCAAGAUUCAGAUGACGCCCCCUGUGACCUAGAACUGGCAGAGGUUGAAAUGCUCUUGGCUCUAGACAACGACGACUGGCCUUGGGAUUCGAUCCACUCUGGAAACGAUCCCGACAUGGACGCUCUGGACGAUGACGGCGACUCUGAUGAUUUCCUGUACGAAUUUCAGUCGACUUCUCCUCAGUGCUCGCAAGCCUCCGAUCCCGAUGAGACUCUCGACACUCCGGAUGGAAGUCAGAUAAAAGUCGGAAACUCUUCCCUCAUUGAGUCCCAAAUGGCUCUGUCUCUCACAAGCUACGAUGCUCUUACUGCGGUAGCUGACUGCCCGGAAAUCGACAUGCUUCUGGACACGUGCGAUAACUGGCAGUCUCUGGAUGUUGACGAGAUCCUCAAUUCGCCCAUUCUGAGCUGUGAAUUCAGCCUUGAAGACAUCGAUGCCAACGGGCGACUUUUUGAAGACGCGCUUCUGCCAUUGAAUGGAUCUAGAACUGUUGGCUAUCUCCCACGUCCGGUUGAUAUGUCAAAGUCUCAGCUUCUUGGGUCACAGCUUCUUGUUGAUGAUCGCGGCGCCGAAAUCACUUCGAGUUCUCACCGGUCCGUACAAUGCCAUACCCCGGAAAUGAAAUCUGAGGACCAAGUUCCACCUCUCGGAGCCACGAGCCGUCUCGCCCUAUCUCAUGAAGAGUGCAGCGCCAACCGUGAUAACGCGCCCUCGAUCAUACCUUCCUGCACUCACGCUCCCGGACAUGCCGCUUGCUACUUCUGCACCGAUGAGCCAACUCAUGGCUUCAACGAGGCUGCCUUCGCUUCCAGACCGCAUUCUCGGGCUGCUGCAGCCAUGCUGUAUGCAACUCGUCAGGAACCAUUCAGUUGCGUAGAAACGAACAUCUCGGAUGAGGACGAGGGGAUUCUAGAUGUAGACUAA